AUGCUCCCACCACAGCUGUCGGCCCUGCUCCUCCUUGCGCUGCCGUCGGCUGUGCGCGCCGUCUUCAAAGAUGAGGUCGGCCACAUAGACUACCACUACGAGCUCCUCGGCGUCCCCCAACAAGAGACCACCUUCUUCCACAGGCCCCGACGCGACGAAAAGGCCAGCCUCCUCUAUACCCUCAGUGAUGUCGGCGUCCUCGGCGCCGUCAAUCCCAGCAGUGGCGCCGUACUGUGGCGGCAGCUGCUCAAUGGCACCAUUACCGAGGGCGGCGGCUUUGCGCGCGCCGGCGAGGGCGAGGGCUGGGUCGCCAGUGCGCUCGGCCAGUCGGUCCACGCCUGGGACGCCAUCACCGGGAGGAACAGGUUCUGGACCGACUUUGGCGGCGAGGUCAAGGACUUGGAGGUCAUGGAGAUGACCGAGAACGAGCGCAAGGACGUCCUGGCCCUGUUCGACGAGGACGGCAGGUCCACCGUGCUGCGGAGGCUCAACGCAAACGACGGCAGCGUCGUGUGGGAGUUUGGAGAGACCUCCAAGGACAUCCCCCUGCAGGUUAGCAACAACGUAGGCAAGGUGUUUGUCAUCAGCUUGCGGGGCACCCCGGACGCGUACAACCUCAAGGUCACCGUUCUCGAUACCCUAACGGGCAAGCGCUUGGACGAGCUCGUCAUCGGCACCAAGGGCGAUGUCCAUAGCAAGGACGAUGUCAUGUUUGUCGGCGCCAACUCGGCAGCCCCCAUCGUCGCCUGGACCGACGCCUCGCACCGCCAGUUGCACGUCAACGUCCUGGGGACUAAGAACCGCCAGGACUUUGCCCUGGCUGACGGCACCGUGUCUGUCGAGAUUCACGCGCCCCAUCUGGUCCAGUCUCAGCCCCACUUUUUGGUCCACAGCAAGACUGCCACUGGGAAUCGCGCCGCUGUCUACCAUGUUGAUCUCAAGACCAACGUCAUAACCAAGGCAUACGAGCUCCCCCUGUUGCCCGGGCCCGGCGCGUUCUCGACGAGCUCGAGCGGCGCGAAUGUCUACUUUACGCGCGUCACAGGGCGCGAGCUCAUCCUGUUCUCGUCAGCCUCGCACGGCGUCCUUAGACGCUGGACUCUGGAGACCAAAGACUCCAAGGCCAGUGCCGUUCAUGCUGUCUCCGAGGUCGUCAAGAAGGCUGGCACUGAAGGCGGUUUUGCGAUUAGGUCGGCAACCAUUACAACCAAUGAUGAUUGGGUCUUGAUUCGCAAUGGCGCUCUAGCCUGGACCCGUCCUGAAGGAAUGACGGGGGCCGUGGCUGCAACAUUUACAGAGAUCCCUGAAAAUGAGGAGCUCGCCAAGUCCCUCGAGCAGGAGGCGCACAGCAACCCCCUAGCGGCUUACAUCCAUCGAGUCAAGCGCCACAUCGCCGACCUGGAGUAUCUCCUUGCCUACCUCAACAGCAUCCCCACGCGGCUCAUAAGCAGUGUCCUUGGCACUGACGUCCCCUCGGCCGACGGCAAGCUAGCUCGGGACAGCUUCGGCUUUCACAAGCUUGCAAUCCUCGCCACGAGGCGCGGGAUGCUGUAUGGGCUUGAUAUUGGCAACAGCGGCAGAAUUAUCUGGAGUGAGAGGGCCUUUGAGAUUUCCAAGGGCGCGAAAUGGAACGUUACAGGAAUCCAAGUCCAAGAAGAUGCCGGCCGCAUUGUCGUUCUCGGCUCAAACAGCGACCACGUGGUCCUGAAAACUGAGACUGGCGAGAUCAUCGAUUCAAAACCACCUGGCCCCGAGCUCGCUGCGCAGAGCGCGGCUCUCGUCGAGACGUCUUCAGGCCCACGGCUUAUCACAGUGGGAUUAGACGGCACCGUCCGAGAUCUUCCAUCUAACGAGACCCCCAAGCAGACUAUCGUCACGCGGGGUCUUGGGGGGGAGAUAAAGGGUGUUGUGUUUGUGGCCAACGGAACAAGCGCGUAUGGGUCUACUGCCUGGGAGUUCUCGCUGCCCAGUGGCAAGCGCGCUGUUAGCGUCGCGACACGUCCAUCUCACGAUGUUGUUGCCUCGAUUGGCCGCGUUUUGGGCGACCGCACCGUUCGUUAUAAGUACCUCAACCCCAACACUGUUGUGGUCGCUGCGGCGGAUGACAGCGCCUCGACCCUGACUGUGUAUCUACUCGACACUGUUUCGGGCCAGAUCCUGUUCUCAUCAAAGCACGAGGGAGUCGACACCGGGAAGCACAUUGAGUGCGCCUUGGCCGAGAACUGGCUGGUGUGUUCCUUCUUCGGCCAAUACACCUUCAAGGACGGCUCGGCGCAGUCCUACAAGGGGUAUCAGGUUGUGGUGUCUGAUCUCUACGAGAGCGACGAGGCGAACGACCGCGGCCCGCUGGGCGACGCGGCCUACUCGUCGUCGCUGGGGCCUAUCGACACACCCACUGGCGUUGUUCUCCCGUCUGCCGUCUCCCAGUCGUUCAUCCUCGGCGGCCCCAUCUCGGCGCUGCAGGUCACGCAGACCAGGCAGGGAAUCAGCUCGCGCCAGGUCCUGGCCUACCUGCCCGAGACACACGGCAUCAUCGGCAUCCCUCGCAUGAUCCUCGAGCCCCGCCGGCCCGUCGGCCGCGAUCCCACCCCCGCCGAGGCCGAGGAGGGCCUGAUCAGGUACACACCCGUCAUCGAGUUCGACCCCAAAAUCGUCAUCUCGCACGAGCGCGACGUGCUGGGCGUCCAGAACAUCAUCACGUCGCCCGCCACCGUCGAGAGCACCAGCCUGGUGCUAGCCUACGGGCUAGAUGUGUUUGGCACGCGCGUCGCGCCCAGCUUCCUCUUUGACAUUCUUGGCAACGGCUUCAACAAGGGCUCGCUGAUCGGAACCGUCCUCGCCAUCACGGCCGGCGUCACCGUCUUGGGGCCAAUGGUCCGGAAAAAGCAAAUCAAUAUGAGGUGGAAGGCGCCAAUGUAA